CAGAGAUAGUGCAAAGCCGGCGGUGCACAGCCAGGAGCACAAAUGAUCCGUGGGGAGUUACUGCAGGGAUAAGCCAGAUACCGAGUGCAUUUUGGAGCCUCUGUCUCUGCCAGAAAGUCCAGGUGGUGUUGAUGCAGUAGAAGGUUCUCCCUAUGUGCCUUGUAUUUUCUGCACAGAAUGCUAUGUCUUAGCAGAACAAAACCAGCUCCUGAAGCACAUGAUUAUUGAACACAAGCUCGUCAUAGCAGAUGUGAAACUGGUGGCAGAUUUUAGAAGCUACAUCCUGUACUGGAAGAGGAGGUUUGCAGAACAGCCCAUCACAGACUUUUGUAGUGUGAUAAGAACAAAUUCAAAAGCUCCACUAGAGGAACAGGACAAUUAUUUUCUUUUAUGUGAUGUUUUACCAGAAGACAGGUUACUUCGAGAACAGCUUCAGCAAAAGAGACUGAGAGAAAUUCUAGAACAGCAACAACAAGAGAGAUAUGACACAAGUUUUCAUAGUAUGUGUAUGUUCUGUGAUCAAGAAUUCACAGGAAACAGAUCUGUUCUUCUCAAUCAUAUGGCAAGAGAGCAUGCCUUUAACAUUGGGCUGCCAGAUAACAUUGUGAACUGCUAUGAGUUUUUGGCUGUAUUGCAGGGAAAGCUUGACAACUUGCAGUGUUUAUACUGUGAAAAAGUCUUCAGAGACAAAAACACACUUAAAGAUCACAUGAGAAAGAAGCAGCAUCGCAGAAUCAAUGCCAAAAAUAAAGAAUAUGACAAAUUCUAUAUCAUUAAUUACUUGGAAUUUGGAAAGUCCUGGGAGGAAGUGCAGUCAGAGGAUGACCGGGAAUUACUCGAUAGCCUAGAAGAAGAUUGGUCUGACUGGGAAGAGCAUCCUGUAUGUGCAGUUUGCCUGUUUUGUGAACAGCAAGCAGACACCACAGAAAAACUCUAUCUUCACAUGCAGAAAUCACAUGGAUUUCACUUUCCUAAAAUAAAGUCAGAGCAUGGUCUGAACUUCUAUCAGCAAGUAAAGCUAGUGAAUUUCAUCAGAAGAGAAGUCCAUCAUUGUCGUUGUUACAACUGCCAGGAGAAAUUUGAAUCCAAAGGAGGAUUGAUAAGUCAUAUGGAAGAGACCAAACACAUUGCAUUCCUGCCAGCCAGGUCUACAUGGGAUCAACCACAGUAUUAUUUUCCUACCUAUGAAAAUGAUACACUCCUGUGUACGCUGUCAGACAGUGAAGAUGCAAAAGCUGAGGAUCAAAGUGAAGGAGUGCCUGUUCUAAGUGAAGACAUAUCCAGUCUAAAAGCUCUCAAACAGAGCAGUGUUUUAAACCAGCUUCUGUGGAAAGAGAACAAGAAUCAGGAGAAAUUUUGAUUUGGAACUACAGUGGCUGUCCUUUAGUGGUUUUUCUGCAAGAUGAAAAAAACCUUUCAAGACUAUUGGAAUACAGUUAAACUCACAAAUGUUAUCAUCAUGGGAUAUUAUGAUAACAUUAUAUAGCAUAAAUGAUAACAUUAUAUGACAUAAAUAUUAAAGAAUGAAUCCUAAAUAAAAAUUUAAGUGUUAACUUUGUUGGUGUAUCUUCCUUUAAAUUUUAGCUUUAUUUUAAAAUUGAAUGCUUGAUUUUCUGCUAGGAUCUUCAAAUACCCUUAGUGUGUUAGUGUUAUUUACAAUUUUUUCAUCUUUUUUUAAUUUGUCCUGAAUGAAUCAGAAUAUGAGUUCUAUUUUAAGGCCACCUUGUGAAAGUUGAGAAGAACUGAGACGAUAUGUAAAGCCAGUGAGUAAAUCUUCUGUGUGCUUUUGCUGUUAGAGAGCAGACAGAAAAUACAAUUCUUGGUCACGUAUGUGGAGGAAAUCCUGCUCAUAUUUACCUUAAAACUUUUGGAAAAUAAAAAUGUCUGUAUAUCUUUAUUAUUCAUCAUCAGUUUUUAAGACACAUGGUGCCUGUUCUCACAA